CUCGAGAAGCUCUUGUCGUCGUCGUCGUGUCGAACAGUGAUAAUACUUAAAUCCACGAAGGAUUCGUCGAAAAGGACAACCUGAAAGGAUUGCUUUUAAAGGACGCUAUUUAAAUAAAAAAUAUCGUACUGAAAGGAGAAGAAUGUUUCUAAAAAAGAAAAUACGUAUAACGUUGGAAAGAAGACGUAGUUAGAUGGUUCGUUCGAUGAUAACGAAGCAAUCUUGCGAUCGUUAGAUUGGAAAAUACAUAGAAAUUCGCGAUAUUCGUUCGACGCUCGAAGUAGAUAGACGAGGAUUUUUCGAGGAUUUUCAAAGGAAUGCGUCUGAAGCCUCUCGCGCAUGAUUUUGCCGCUCGUGUCUUUCGUCAAGGCGUUAAGGUUACCUGGUACUCGUCGCUUUUGGGUCUACUUUCGUUUUUAACGACCGGACGAAAGCUUCACGAAACGCUGCGUGCUCCGAUCGGACACAAGCGUGUUACUAUGAUAAAGCCGAAGAAACUGGGAAUCAUCGGUGGCUCUCUGUUCGCCUUUGGAGUUGUGUUCUGUGCGAUCGUUUUCCCACCCUUUUUGAAGUGGAAGAUCAAAAGCCAAGUAUCGUUGAAACCUAAUUCCGAGAUGCGCGAGUUAUGGUCCACCUUUCCUGUUCCAUUGGACUUCAAGAUCUACCUUUUCAACGUGACGAAUCCUACAGAAAUUACAGCAGGGGAGAAGCCAAUCCUCGAAGAAAUAGGACCAUUUUUCUACGACGAAUAUAAACACAAAGUAAAUAUGGUCGAUCGAGAAGAAGACGACAGUUUGGAGUACAACUUGAAAGCAACUUGGUUUUUCAAUCCGUCGUUGAGCAGCCCAUUGACCGGCGAGGAAGAGCUGGUCUUUCCUCAUGUUCUUAUUCUCAGCAUGAUCAAACUUACCCUUGAACAACAACCAGCUGCAAUAGGAAUUCUUAAUAAGGCUGUGGACAAUAUCUUCAAGAAACCAAGUUCUGUAUUCGUAAGAGCAAAAGCAAGAGAGAUACUGUUUGAUGGUGUGCCUCUGGACUGCACGGGGAAGGACUUCGCUUCGAGCGCAAUCUGCAACGUUUUGAAAGAAAAGGAGGACGCUUUGUUACCCGAUGGGCCUGGACGUUACCUGUUCUCCCUUUUUGGCCCAAAAAACGGCACCGUUCUUCCCGACCGUAUACGAGUGUUACGGGGGGUAAAGUACUGGAAGGACGUCGGAAAAGUGACCGAGGUGAAUGGAAAGCCAGAGUUGGACAUUUGGACCGAGGACCAAUGCAACGAGUUUAAUGGCACCGAUUCCACCAUCUUCGCGCCGUUGCUCACGGAACAGGACGAUAUCGUGUCGUUCUCACCGGACAUUUGUAGAAGUUUGUCGGCUCGGUUCGACCGCAAGACCAAAGUCGCAGGCAUCAGCACUUACCACUACAAAGCUGAUUUGGGUGAUAUGAGCACAAAUCCUAAGGAAAAGUGUUUUUGUCCGGCGCCAGAUAAUUGUCUAACGAAGAACCUUAUGGACUUGACCAAGUGUGUAGGCGUGCCACUUAUCGCUUCUCUACCACAUUUGCUCGGAUCGGAGGAAAAAUAUCUGCAAAUGGUCGAUGGACUUCAUCCCAACGAAGAAAAGCACGGCAUUGCCAUGGACUUCGAACCAAUGACAGCCACUCCUUUAAUCGCACGCAAGAGGCUGCAGUUCAAUAUGUUCCUUCACAAGGUUGAAAAAUUCAAGUUAAUGAAGAACUUCCCAGAGUGUUUAUUUCCAUUCUUUUGGGUCGAGGAGGGAAUAGAGCUCGGUGGUGAGUUUCUGGCGAAGCUGAAGAUGGUGUUCAAGAUGAUAAGCAUAAUCGGGUUCAUGAAGUGGCUGACGAUAAUAAGCGGCGCUUGCGUGAGCGGAGCAGCUGCCGCGAUGUUCUUCAAGAACAAAGACAAAGGGUCGUUGGACGUGACGAAGGUAACUCCGCAGUCACCAAGUGGAAAAAACGAGGAUGAGAAGAAAUGGCCUAAUCAGAUGACGAUCAGUACGAUACAAAGUGCGGCGGUACCACCUAAUCUCGACGCGAAUUAAGUUAUUAGUCAGUCGUAUCUCCGAGCUCCACGAUCUUUGUAUAGUCGAAAGAGAAUUUGUCGAAUAAAUGAAAAAUCAAUGUUCGCGUUAAUUAGACGAAAUUUCCAUCGUGCGAUAACGUUUUAAUAUCAAGAUUAAGAGGUCGGUUUCGAAACGAGUUAAUUCUCUUCGUACAAAAAUAUAUCGUUUAACGAAGUUUUGUCCGUUUUACAUAGACGACAGAUCAUAGGAAAAGAGAAAGCAUUGAUACUCGUCACUCGUCACUUGUACAAAUUCGCUAAUAAUAUUAACGUAACUGUAAUGAAACUCAGGAAGUGUACAGAAGUUGUAGAUCGUGUAUUAAUCGAGGACGUUUUGUUUUUACGUAUGAUAUACAUUUAAUAUCAUUUUUUUCCUUCUCUUAGUUAUAAAUCUUGUGACGACAACGUACAAUAAUGUUAACGUAUUGCCAGACAAUUGCGUACGAGUGUGUUGAUAGUUACCUUUUGCCACUAAUUCUGAUAAGUGCAGUUGUAAUCGAUUAAGGCGAAACCAACGAAACGUAUUUGUCCAGUCGCAAUUUACAACGUGUACUUCAAAAUUGCUCAAUCUGUUGCACAGAGUAUUAGAGUAAGCUAUAGAUCACGAGAUAAAUAGGUUUACGAAUGACUUUGUUACAUCGUAUAAAGACAAACGGUAACCAUUGUCGACUGGAAAUGUUAUAUAUUUCGAUCGAACGUAAGAGACUCGAUUUUUAGUCUCAGCUCUUAUACAUUAAUGUCUUUAGAACGAGCGUAUAUAUAGCUAUUUUAUUCAAUUACGUUUAAUUCGAAAAGCUUAACGUAAGUUUCUGUUAAAACACGUUUCUCCGAGUACCUAUAUACGUACUUUCUUUCAUGUAUCUUUACGAGGUAAAAAAUUCUGACGAAAUUGCAGCCAACAACAAACGAUUCUUUAUAAAAAUUCUUAUACGUAUCAUGUACUUAUAUUCUGAUAGUAUUACAAUUAAUAUACGAUAUAACAUACAUUUAAUGUAACGUAUCACUCUUAUAUAUUUUUCUACAUUGCACAUAAAUAUUAAAAACAUUUCUAGUGGACAAUAUUAUGGUCUACUUGUAUGACUUUCUAUAGCAGUCCUGUAUAUUGUGUAUGUACAAGUCGCAAACGCUUUAAACGUGUAAUUUAUGCGAAUAGAUCAGCACAUUCAUUUUUUUCUUUUUUAUAAAAAUUGAUAAUUAUUAAAUCGUUAAACUAGAAGUCAAUUUUCUUUUAGCAAUAACUUUCCUGCGAUAUUUCGCCGUAUUCUUGAUUAUAUUUAGUUCAAUUUCCUAAGCUCUUAAUGUGUUAAUUCUUAAGGAUUACUUUAACGAUCUCUCGCAGUCUAUAAGACGAACGAAAUUUCCAUACAUUGCGAUAUUGAACGUAAUAUGCAAAUGUAUUGUUGUUAAAUUUGCGCGUUUCUCUCAUCAUCGGAUGGGUUGAAAACGAAAGAGCGGUACAGACAUAUUUUUCUGCAAACGGCAGCCAGGACAUAGCAUAAAUCCUCAAAUAUUUGCGUUUCGGUGUUUACAGACACACAGAGAUCUCCUCGGUUGGAGAUUAAUUUUAUUCACGAUUUUCUCAAAUCGAAGAUCUCGGCACUUGUACCGCGUUUCCUUUCAACUUCUCGCUUAGUUCUGAAUGUUACGUUACUUUGAAAUGUAAUCGAAGCAUAGAUCGAACCGUAAGGAUAAAUAAAUAAUAUUUUCUAACGUGA